GAUCCUAGACCACUCAUAUCCAAGUUCCUGAAGCCUCUGCACAUGUAGUUCCUGGAGCUGAUGUCUUACUAAAAUGCCAACAUUUUCAUCUUCACCUUCUUUCUUGGACUACAUCGUAGAUUAUCUUUCUCUGGGCACAGUAUGGAACUGGCUACAAUCAUCUUUACUGGGAGAGACUAGUGAACCUCAGCAAACAAAUUUGGGGAUAUUAGAAAAUAUUGCUCCGACUGUGCAAGUUAUCCUAGGAAUUUUCUUUUUGACUUUGUUGGUAAUAGGAUUAUAUGCUUUAUGGAAACGAAGUAUUCGAUCAUUACAGAAAAUAUUGUUGUUUAUAAUCACACUCUACAAACUUUACAAGAAGGGCUCAGAUUUUUUUCAGUCUUUGAUGACCAGCCCAGAAGGGAGUGUUCUCCCAGGUCAAGACAAUAUCUUCCUGUCCUUGGGUCUGCAAGAGAAAAUUCUGAAAAAACUUCAGACCGUGGAAAACAAAGUGAAGGACCUGGAGGGAAUGAUCAUUUCUCAAAAACCUAACGUGAAGAGGGACUGCUCCUCUGAGCCCUACUGUAGCUGCUCCGACUGCCAAAGUCCCUUGCACACCUCAGGGUUUACUUCCACAUCUGAAAUGUAAUCGACUCCAGUCUUUUUCAUAAAAGUGCUGUUUCCCUCAUGUGUGUGGUGGUGUAUCAAUAAAAAUAGAGAACUAUAUUGAAAUUA